GCGUGCCGAUGGUGUUUUGUGAUAAAAGACAAAGUUGAGAUUUGUGCCCAAAAAGCCCAGUGUUGUAUCCACAAUGGAGAUGAAGAGUGCAGUUAGGGUUGAUGGGGAGUCACCCAGGAGAUCCUACAGGCGCAUCAUAGCCAUUUGUCUCAUCGUUAUUGUUAUAUUUUUCACCCUUCCGACCCUCUGUGGAGCACAUGGCCACGAUCAUGAUCACGAAGAGCCCAGUUUUAAGUACUCCCGGGAGGCCAAUGAGCCCCCAAGUCACCAACAUCACCAUGACCAUCAUCACGACCACGGGAACCACCGUGGAAAGCCAGAGGCAGCUGGUAGUUCAAUGGAUGUCUGGAUCCAUUCACUGUCGUCCACGCUGCUGAUCAGUGCAGCACCCUUCUUAAUACUGUACUUCAUUCCACUGGACAAUACGGAGGCCAUGCAGCCACGGUUAAAGAUGCUGCUGGCAUUUGCUUCAGGGGGACUCCUGGGAGAUGCCUUCCUGCACCUCAUUCCUCAUGCUACUGUAUCUCAGGAUCAUGGACAUGGGCAUGGGCACAGCCAUGGGGAAGGUGAGCAUGGUCAUAGUCAUGAUAUGAGUGUGGGAUUGUGGGUUUUGGCGGGGAUUAUUGCCUUCCUGGCUGUCGAAAAGGCAGUGCGACUGAUGCGUGGAGGCCAUGGGCACAGUCACGGAGAGCCCAAGGAGACCGAGAAGCUGACGAAAAAGGACGAGAAGAAGAAGGCUAAGGCUCAGAAGCCCAAGAAGGAGGACAUCCAAAUUGCCGGAUACCUCAAUUUAGCUGCAGAUUUUACCCACAAUUUCACCGAUGGACUAGCCAUUGGGGCAUCUUACUUGGCAGGAAGUGGCAUUGGUCUGGUAACCACCAUCACAAUUCUCCUGCACGAAGUGCCCCAUGAAAUUGGAGACUUUGCCAUUCUGGUCAAGAGUGGCUGCUCCAAGAAACGUGCAAUGAUGCUUCAGCUGGUAACUGCCCUCGGAGCCCUAACUGGGAAUGUCCUGGCCCUUCUGGGCAGCGGAAGUGGUGAUGCAGCUGCCUCCUGGGUACUCCCAUUCACAGCCGGCGGAUUCAUCUACAUUGCAACGGUCAGUGUGAUCCCAGAACUCCUCGAGGGCAGCACAAAACUGGGUCAGUCGAUAAAGGAGAUUUCAGCACUCCUGGCCGGAGUCCUUCUCAUGGUUGUUAUAGCGAAUUUUGAGUAAAAAGAAGAAAGUUGAAUGGAAAUUCUCAAAUAAAAUCCACUUACACGAA